UUCUGCGCAAUUUCGACGCAACAUUUCUAGCGUAAAUAUAACCGACGAUGACGUAAAUCAAGGGCGCGACUGUAGAGGAGUUGGCGGGUUUAUUCAAAGAAAGAUGGAGUUAAUACAUGCGCUAGAUUUUCUGAAAUUGAAAGACGUCUCCGGAGGUUGGGUUGACGCUGUGUGGGAUUUUGAAUUCACUGAAAUUGAACCACUGGAUGCUGCCAUUGUCAUAAAAAAUGGAUCCAAGGAAUUCAAAACGUUGUACAGUCUCCUGCUACCCUAUAUGACUGACACUGAGGUGUCCACUUUAGGAACUGAUGGCACAUCCCAAAGUGUCUGGACAGUGUUCGGUGACAAUGGGGUCUCUGUCAAGUCACUUGUGGCGGUGCUGUCGUACUUUAUCUUGGGAGGGAAGUCCAAAACAGCCAGCGUUCAGCAAAGGAUAAGCGCUCUACAGGCAUCCUCCAUCUACUUACUCCUACUGGGAAUCCCAGGUAGUGUGGUCAACAAAAUGUUCCACCAAAUCCUCUUCGACACUUGCUUGAACACCGUGAGCAACUGUUGGCCCCAGAGCUUGGUCAAGAAGCGCAAGAAAGACACCCUGAAGAGCUCUCAGGCUGACGGCAAACGGUCCAAACCACACAGGAAAGCCAAUGACGAGCAGAUGGAAGUAGAUGAGGAUGAGGAACAGGAGGAGGAGGUCCAUUUGUCUCCACAGGACCUCCUGAAAAUCAGAGAGGGAGUCGUCCUCCUGGUGAAAAGCCUCCUCCGGCUCCUUCUCAAAUUUCCGUUGAGGGAUGAGCCACAAAGUGCAGACAACUGUGUACAGAUGUUUGCCAAGUUGACUAACUUUGAGCCUGUUAUUGGAGAAUUGACCUUUGGUGCUGGACAGGAUAUCGAUGACAUGAGGACAAUGCCUGAGUUGGCCUAUUACGGAUUGUGGUUGCUCUGCUCCUCAAAUCACGGGGAUGAGAAAGUGUCUCUGCGCCGGGUUUUCCACAGAGUCCUGUAUGUGAUCCUCAUGAUGAGCAAAGGGGAAAGUGGCAAGCCCUCCCUCAUGAUGGCCACCCAAGCUGUCCUUGCUGCCCGGGAUCAGGCCAUUGGCUUUGUCAGUCACGUUGUUGAUGAACUGAAAGAGCCAGCACUGCCCUUUCUACGGAUCCUCCUGCAGCACAUAUCCUUCCGGAUGGUGGACAAGACAGACUACCGUACGCAUGGAGCCCAGGCUGUGGCCAAGCUGCUGGCCAAAAUGCCCUGUGGAGACUACGCGUCAUUCAUAAAGUGGCUGUUUGAUUACUCCAGACAAGCAAAGGUGGUGUACCGGAUGUUUGCACUGGACGUGUCCAUGGCUCUGCUGGAACAGCCAGAGAGGGAAGCAAAUGAAAAUUUGGACGCAGAACUAGUCUCCUUCCUGUCCCACAGGUUCCUGGUCCACAACAUGGUGUUUGGCCGUCGCUCAGACGCUUCACCCACAGUCCGAGGCCACGCCCUCACCUGCCUGGCCCAGUGCCUGGAGCUGCCCUCCAUGAACGCCACACGCAGCAUCAAAGAGCUCUUCCCCACCACAUCUGCGCAGACUGUCUUGGAGGGUGACGGUUCUGAUGGCACUUUAAAUUCACAGACAACCCAAAAAACGUUCAGGACUUUACCUUUCAAGACUAUUGAGAUCACAAACAAUGACCAUGCAAGUUUUGAGUCAAAGGACACAAUGGCUUUACUGAAGCGCCGUGUGAGUGACCCAAAGACCAACGUGAGGAAGUGUGCACUGCAGGCGAUGAUGGGCCUCCUGAAGCACAACGUGAUCAUGCUCAGUGAGGAGAACUUGGCUGUGCUGUCGGAACGUACCCGUGACCCCGCCCUGUCUGUCAAGAAGAAGGCCCUGCAGUGCCUCAUGGACCUCCUCGCUACCCACCCAGAGAACAGCCUGGUACAGAAGGCGUGGCUGCGGGGCGUGGUGCCGGCCGUAGUGGACGCAGAGAGCUCGGUCCAGGAGAAAGCCCUGGAGUGCCUAGAGCAGACCAUCCUCAGCCAGGUGAAGAGCCACGGCUCCUACAGCUACAGGGACGCCCAGCAGACACUGACCUGGGACCUGCUGGGCCUGCUGUGUGACAACUGCCAAGACCUUGGCCGGUACUUCAGUAGGGCCUUCACGGUGUGGUCCAAGCAGAACAAGUUCACUGCAGCCUUCAUCAACAACCUCAUCUCUCACACGGAGGCAGAGCAUGCGACCGGGGCGUGGCUGCUGCUCUCCAAAGUGGCCAGCUCCUGCCCCCGACUCGACUACGGAAAGAUCUUGGACGCCUGGGACGACCUGGUUAGGUCAAAGAAUGUCACAGUGACAACAUCCUGCCAUAUCCUGUGCGUGAUCGGGGACAUUGGCGAGCAUCUGAACGAAGACACCAAGAGCAGGAUUGUUGAGGACAUUAUUACCUGGCUGAAGAGCUUUGACAUGCCUCUGGAGGUGAUCAGUGCCAGUGUGGAGACUCUGUGUCGACUGGGCAAGGCAGAGGCAGUCAGUGACACACAGACAUUCCUUAACCAACACUGUGGAGAACUAGUCUCGCUCUGUGAGGCGUAUCUUUCCAGCGUCAUCCUGAAUGAAAACGGAGCACAGAAUUUGAAUGAGGAUUUGGUGGUGAAGCACCUGUACACACUAGGCGUGGCGUCGCUGCAUUGUCCCUCCAAAGUGGGCAAACGCAUUGUGCUCCUUGUCCAGUCUGUCCUCACCUCCAGUGUGGAACAACAGUCAGAGGGGUCAGAGGAGCUGGCCGGCUCCCAGCCUCUGUCUCAGUUUAAGGCUUCCUCCAUGCCCAGCAGCAUCCGGGCUCAUGCUGUCAUCACUCUAGGUAAGCUGUGCCUGCAGCACGAGGAGCUGACCCGCAAGUACCUUCCGGCGUUCGCCCGCGAACUGGAACUGUGCAGCGAGUUGGCGGUGCGCAGCAAUGUGGUUGUGGUCAUGUGUGACCUGUGCGUGCGCUACACCAACAUGGUUGACCGCUACGUUCCCAACGUGUCGGCCUGUCUCCGCGAUAAGGAGCCGCUCAUCCGCAAGCAGACCCUCACCAUGCUCACCAACCUGCUGCAGGAAGAGUUUGUCAAAUGGAAGGGCUCGCUGUUCUUCCGUUUCGUUGCAGUGCUGGUGGAUUCUGACCCUACCAUUGCUAGUCUGUGUGAGUACUGCCUGGUUCACCUCCUGCUCAAGAAGAACCCAGUGAUGUUCUCACAGCACUUCAUUGAGUGCAUCUUCCACUUCAACUCCUAUGAGAAAAACAAGACCUACAACAAUUUCCCUCAAACGGACAGUGAGAAGGCUAAGUUCUCCCUGAAAGGAGCCCAGAACAAAGAGAGGAGGUUCACGAUCUAUAGGUUCCUGCUGGUGCACUUCACAGACGCCCAGCGCUUUAACAUCACUAUCAAGAUCAGCCAGAACAUCCUUGCGUGCUUUGUGGACGGGGAGCUGCCUCUGGACGGUGACGGGGCGGCAGUGCUGGCUGAGACAUUUGGGAUCCUCAGCCUCAAGGAGAUCAAGCUGUCAGCACUGAGCGGAGCGGCGGGGGCUGGUGGUGACGAGCCGCAGGAGGACGAGCAGAUGGCCAUGGCCAAGGCCGUCAUGCAGGUGGCCCAGAAGAAGGUUGUCUCACAGGUCCAGAAGAAAGUGUUCAUCGAGAGCAUGAUUCCCAUCAUCAUUAAUCUGAAGAGCAUGCUGGAACAGAAGCGCUCGCCAGUCCUGAAGGACCUCAUGGGCUACCUCCAGCUGACCAUGCAGGACUACCGCAGUGAGGUGAAGGAGUUCUUUGCAGCGGACGAGCAGCUGGCGGUAGAGCUGGAGUACAACCUGAAGAUGUAUGAGAAGGAGAAGGAGCAGGAGAUGGAAGCCCAGAUGGCCCACUGCUCCCUGGGAGGGGAUGCUGCCUCUGGGGGCACGCCGAUCCUGGGUUCCCCUGCAUCUGCUUCUGCCCACAGGCUCCUCCAAACGGGCUUUGCCACGCCCCAGCCCGUCGCCCCCAGCCACCGAGGCCUGCUCACCCAAAGACUUGUCCAGUCAGACAGGCGUCAGCCAGCGAAGCAGAGGAGCGGGCCACACAAGAGCUGGGUCAUGGUGACCGGCGACAGAAACUUCACACCCCUGGAUGGAUCAGUGAAGCCGAAAGGAGGCGUCUGCGAUCGAGCUAUAAGCACCCCGCAGGGUACCAUAAAUGAAGUUACAUUCGGGGAAGGAGUCAGCGCCAUCUUCAGUGACCAGAAAACAGGUUCAAAGACUGGAGAAGAAGGACGUGUCCUUCAAUUGAUAUCACCUGAUCAGCAAACUCCAGUGCCAAGGCAAUGGAACGUGCAGUCCCCGCUCAAUCAAAAAAGAACGAGACGAAUACAUCAGUAGCGAUUUCUUUUUCAUGUUCUCUUCUGUCUAUACUGAACACAGUUGAUGUCCCAUGUAAAAUCGUAUUGAUAUUUUCUUUAUUUUUGUAAAUGAAAAUCCAGCACCCAUGUCAGAAUAUUAGAAGUGAGUUUUAUUAAUCAUUAACAUACGGUUCAAGAAUUCUCAGAGGAUUUGUACCAGGCCCGAGAUGGGCGUUACAUUAGUUUGGUUCAGAAAAAUCAUGUUCUCAAUCAAAUAAACGUGUGAACACUUGAAACGCUUGAACCUUUACGUGAUUUCAACGCCAACUAUUGGCGAAAUUAGAGGCAGAUUAUCAACACUUGUUGCUGGAACCUCAACCUUGGAUUGGAGGAAAAUCGUGAUUGGCAGUCACCAUUUGGCUUAGCAAGCCCCAACCAUAGAACAUGUAUUGGAAUCUCUUUCACUGUGUAUUUAAAACUACAUAUUGCCGGUUUUGAAGAGGGCUGUUUAAUAAAAAAAUAUCUUCAAUGCCUUGGAAGUUGCCGGUGUUUUCUGGCCUUUAUGGUAAAUGUAGGCUUCAAGUAGGCGGCAUGCUUUAGUGUUUCUCCAUCUAUUUAAUCUGUUAACAAACUUUGUGUAUAUUUUCUUCUAUUUGUGUCUUUACUCUACCAAAAAGAAUUCCCACUAUUUAGGCACUAUUGCAUAAUAAAUCUCUAUUUCAACUCCAAUGGAAAAAAGUGUACCGGUAAUCCUUUAAAUCAAUGCUAAAAGAAAAUAAUCUAUUUACAAAACAAAGCAGAUAUGUAAAAAUGAUUUGGGUGGGAAAAUGUUCCAUUCUUGUCAAUGUCAUCAUUCCUCUCAAACGCCGUUUGUAGAGUAUUAAACAUGCAAUUCAGGUUUUUGUGCAUUUUCCAGUAUUGAGAUUGAGAAAUACCUUUAAAAUAAAAUGUUAAAAUGUGUUGGGUGGCAUGAAGCUGAUCUACUAUUGUAAUGGCAGAAGGCACUUAAGAGGAAGGAUCUUUUUUCAAAGUACAAAUGAAAACCUUAAGUACCUGUUUUGUAAAAAUGUUUUGCAUCUGCAUUAAUUGGUUUCUACUAGCUACAGGCAAUUACUGUAUCUUGUAAUGUUUGUAACUCUUGGAAAUAAAUUCAUUUGGGAAAACGUCAAA